UUUUUAUUUCGGAAGUAAAAUAAUUGUAUCAAAAGUUUUUCAAUAUUUUAUUAACGUUUUAAAUAUUUGAAGGAAAAAAAAUAAUUCAAAAUGAAAUUUUUAUUAAUUUUUACAAUUAUAUUGAUAUCUCUUCUUGGUCUUCUAAAUGCUGAAAUUCCAAAAGUGUGUCUCAAACCUAAAAAAAUUGGAUUCGGUAGAGCAAGCUUUCAUCGAUAUUAUUAUAAUACCGAAACUCAACAAUGUGAAUUAUUCACUUUUGGUGGAGGCAGUUCAGAAGGAGAAAAUAAUUUCGCUUCAAAAGAAGAAUGUGAACGAGAAUGCGGAACAGCACAUUAGUCUGGAAUUUUUAAAUGAGUGCGAUUAAAAUAUUAUUUUUAUUAAAUAUGACAUCAAAAAUUCAAUAUUUAUUUUUUCUGAAUAAUAUGUGAAUUGUUUUAAAGAAUUUACAAAAAUUAAAAAAAAAUUUACAAUGAAAA